GAGAAUUAGACUACGGUAUAGUAAAAUUAUUUUGUGUAAGCCUGGAUUAUGUCGACAAGAGUUCUCAGGAAACUUCAUGGACGUGAUGAUGAGUUGAAAAAUUUAGCAGCGUUAGCUGCUGUAGAAAGUUCUGAAGAAGAGGAUUCUUCUGAGCAAACUGAAAAACCAUCUCAAGAAAGAAGAAACCUAUUUGACUUGUUAAACGAUGAAAAUGAAGAUGUAGAAUCAGAUGAAUCAACGAAUAUUGACAAAGAUGAAAAUGUGAAUGAGAAUAUAGAAAAACCAACUCCAAUACAAACUGGUGCUAGGAAGAAAACAAAGAAGAAGAAAAAGAAUGUUGCAAAAAAGAAUAAAAAAGACGAAGAAGAAGACAUUGAAAAAGUUGUCAAUGAAAUUGCUCAAAUGGAAAACAACAAACCAAAUAGGGAUUUUUCUAACCACAGUGUCCAAGUGAAAAAAUAUAAAUAUGUAUUGACUGUUGAACACAGGUUUCUUAAUCCAGAUAACGAACUCAAAAGAAUAUUUGGUACUCGGACUCUACUGGAUGAUGCUAACUUCAGGCAAAGAAAUCGUGUAAAGACGUUAAAAGGAACUUGGCUGACUUCACCUACUUCAAAUUGGCCCAGAUUAACCAAAUGUGGAUUGAGUAUGACUUGCCUGGAAAAGUCACAGAAAUAUCAAUAUUUUACGUUCGAACAUAGCAAGGAAUAUCAAAAAGCGCAGUUUGAAUUUUUAGAUGCAGUCGACUCAUCUGACCACAAUCAAAUUGCGGAAGUUCUCAGACUAAAUAACUACCAUGUCGAUUCUUUGCUUGGAUUGAGUGAUGUUUGUAGGAUGAGUGACGAUACACAAAUGGCAAGAGAACUUAUAGAACGUGCUCUUUAUGCUUUGGAAAUGAAUUUUCAUUCUCAAUUCAACUUAGCUACAGGUACAUGCAGAUUACAGUAUAAACGACAGGAAAACAGAUGUCUUUUUCUUGCAUUAUAUCGGCAUCUUCAUUUCGUAUUUCAACGUGGAUGCGGUCGCACAGCACUUGAAUUAUCAAAGAUUCUUUUGAAUUUAGAUUCUGAUGAAGAUCCACUUUGCGUCUUAUUAUUCAUCGACUUCUUUGCUUUGCAAGCGGGAGAAUAUGACUUUCUUCUUCAGUUAUUUUCGGAAUGGGAGGGUCAUAAAAAUUUGUCACAGUUGCCAAACUUUGCAUACUCAGUAGCAAUGGCUAAUUUUGAAUUAUCCUCGGCCGGUAACAAGAAUUUUGAUAUGGCUGACACUUUGCUACAAGAUGCUUUGAUCAAGUUUCCCUCCGUUCUGAUGUUACUUUUGGAAAAAUGUUCAGUACAACCAGAUAAAAAAGUAUCAGGUCACAGCUUUUUUACAACGGAAGCUGAACAGACUUCACCAGCUGGCUUGAAAUUGCUUUGUAAUUUAUUUGUUGCAAGAAAUCAUUCUUUAUGGAAAUCACCCGAAGUUUUCUCCUGGUUGGAAAAAAAUGUUAAUAUUGUUCUUGACAAAGUUGAUGCGAAAGAUCCUGAAAUUGCUAAAUGGAGGCAAAGGAGGAAAAGAUAUCAGAAACCACCAAGAAAUAUUUAUCGAUAUGCAAUGAUUUGUGAAUUACCUGGAGUAAUUGAUCUUUUACCACCGGAGAUUCGUUUGGAACAGGUUUUUGGUCACGAUCCAUUGCCACCAGCAGAUGGAAUUAGAUCUUAUGAAAGACCAGAAAGGGCUCGUCGUGGAAGAACAGGAAACUCACUCGGAUUGUUUCUACACUCACUCAUGCCUCAAUUCGAUCCAUCACAAGAGACUGAGGAAGAAGGAGCAGCAGCGCUACAGCCUGGUCAAGCCGGAUUGCAUCAACAAUUCCAAGCUUUAAUGGUCGCCAUGAGAGAUAUGCUCGGAAAUUUAAACCUUCAAAGAGACGAUAAUGAAGAGGCACAAGAGCAGGAGGAAUUUUAUGAGGAUGAAUGGGACUAAAAUAUCUCACAAUUUUUUGCCUAAUUGCACUUAGCCCCUAUAUAUUUGGUGAUAGCCAAAUUCCAAUCACUGGUUUUCUAUAUGUCUUUGUUCUUAUGAGUUGAUACAAGAAAUAAAAUUUUGCAGGGCUAUAAGCAAAAUUGACAUGACUUGAUAAUGAUAAUGUAUGUUAUCUAAGUGAUUGUUCUGAAGUCUGUAAUUCAGAAAAUGAGAAAAUAUACGGUUGUUUACUUUCCAUUAUGAUUAUGUUAAAAGAAUCUUCACGUUUGGUGGUAUAUUUUAGCCCACAAAAAGCCUGUCAGUGAAUACAAAGAAUCAGUCAAACUCGGUUGUGUACCUAUGUAAAAUGGCACCCAUGGCAAAGUUUAAGAAUGUGCCCCUCUUGAUAGUUGGUUGACAGUCUAUGAUGACUGUUAUUGAAAUGAGAUAUUCAUUAGGUACUUUAUGAUUUGAGUAAAAAUAGGAGGUUGGGUCAUUUUCAAUUUAAAUAAUUUUAUUGAAAUAUUUUAAGAUUAAAACUUCUUGCCGUUUAUGCAGCCCUGUUCAAACGGUGCACAUGGCAAGAGCCAUGGCUGCCACACCCCAGAUGCGCCACUGGUUACCAUCAACAUUGACUAAUUACAUUGACUAUUUACAACACAUGCAACUCAGUAAUUGUAUGGAUUAUUGCCAAAUCCAACAUUUUUUUCCUGCUUUAUGUUGUAUAUAAAUAUCUCGACUGUGAAUUUGUGUGAUUUGGUGCAGUAGAAAUUAAUUUUAAUGAGGUUUGUGCAAUAAAUUGUGAGUGCUUUAUUUCCACGGCUUCCCAACAAA